AUGCCAACCCUUCUCUUCAAGCUUGACAUCAAGAAAGCCUUCGACUCGGUUAGAUGGGACUACACGAUGGACUUGCUCCAACACUUGGGAUUCCCAAGUAACUUUAGAAAUUGGAUUUUGGCUCUCCUCACCACCUCCUCCUCAGGAGUGCUCCUCAAUGACAUCCACGUAGAUCCGAUCAAGCAUGCCGGCCUCCACCAACCGCUCGCCCGCAGCUGCGCCGCCGCACCAGCCCGCCGCAGCAGGCCCGCCCCGCCGCGCACCGCCGCGUGCCCCAACACGCCGGCCUCGCCCCGCCAUGCGCUGCUCAAUGCUGCGCUGCCACGAGCUCGCCCGGCCCCAUCCCGGGCCGCCCCGCGACCACCGCGCCCCGCCCUGCUCCGCCUUGCUCCGUCCAGCCACGCCCGCGACCGCCCCGGCCUGCCCCGUCCCACGCCGGCCUGCCCCGCCCUGCUCCGCCCAGCCCCGCCCGCGCCCUGCCUCGCCUCGGCCUUCCCCUGCCCCGCCCCAGCCAGCCCCGGCCCUGCUCCACCCCGUCUCGCGCCGCCCUACGCCGUCAGGAGCUCGCCGGAAUUUGGUAGGAUUCCGGCGACUGUACCAACAGAAGCAGUUAGCUCAAGCUGA